UUUUUCGUGGAGGCAGAGAUGUUGCCAAGGAAUUUUCGCUACCUUCAAUUGAAUUUUCUUUCCUUAACAGCAAUAUUGUUAAUUUCUAUUUUAUUUUGUGUAAAUGCUCAAGAGGAGGAAUGCCAAGGAUGUUUUGAAAGAUGUUAUGGAUAGAGUGGAUUCUUCGGGGGAAAAUGUCAAUGACGAGCUUGUCCGUAAAAAUCUGUGGGAUUAUUGUUCUGAAGUUUAUAAUAAACGUGAUUCAAAGAAUUCUGAUGAAGAAAGAAAGGAUAAAAUGUGUUUCUAUAUUGGUGCUCACAAGGAUUCAUCUGCUUCAAUGAUUGGAGAUGCUGUUAAAACUCUUGCCUAUAAGAAGCCUCCUCUUAAAGUUUGCAAGGAUUUGAAGACAAAAGAUGCUCAGAUUUGUUCAUUGAAAUACGACAAACCAAUCGAUUGGGAUAGUUUGGAUUUGGACAAAAUGAGAGUUGGACAGUUGAGAGAGUUAUUGCGCAAAUUGGGUGAUAGUUGCAAGGGUUGUGUUGAGAAAGUCGAUUUUGUGCAGCGAAUUCGUGAAUUAAUGCCGAAAAAGGAAGCAAAAGGAGAACUUUAA